GACAAAUUUACAAAAUCUCUCGCUCCGUCUACUAAUUUGUUAUAAUUUAUUAUUAACAAAGAAAAAAUGUUUUCGAUUAAUUUCAUUUCUUUAAUUAGCUAUUUUGUGUUAGGAAUUAUAGGAUGGAUUACUUAUAAAAUAUUUAUUUGGCCAUUUUAUAUUUCUCCUUUGAGAAAAUUUCCUGGUCCACCAUCUGAAAGUUCACUUUACGGAAAUCUCAAAACACUUAUGACAGAAGAGUCCGGUGUACCACAACUUAGAUGGAUUAAAAAAUAUGGAAACGUUAUAAAAUAUCAUGGAUUAUUUAAUAAUCCAAUUCUUCUUAUCGCAGAUACAAAAUUAGUUCAAGAAAUUACAUUAAAUAAAGCAUAUGAUUUUAUUAAGCCUCUUAAUGCGUCUGGUAUUUCACUUAUUGGUAGAGGUCUCAUAUAUGCAGAAGGCGAUGACCAUAAGAGACAAAGAAAAUUGUCGAAUCCAGCUUUUACGUAUAGUAACGUCAAAGAAAUGGUACCAUCAUUUGUUCGUAUAGGUUCUACCUUAAAAGGUUUGAUAGAAGAGAAGUUAAACUCAGGAGAAACUAACAUUAACCUUACUCCUUACAUCUCAAAAGCUACUUUGGAUGUUAUUGGCUUAGUAGGAUUUAAUUAUGAAUUUAAUUCAUUAACGUCCCAAAAUGAAUUAGCAAUAGCUUAUGAUUCUAUUUUUAAUAACCCAGUAACUACUUUACGCAUUGUUCUUAAUCUCUUAUCGAAUUAUGUUCCAUCGGUAAGAGAGAUUCCACUAGAAGCAAAUAAAAGAUUUAAGAAUGCGUGCGCAACUAUUGACCGUGUAUCAAAGAGGUUGGUUGAAGAAAGAUAUAACGAGGCUAAAAAUGGAGAAUUAAAAGGAAAGGAUUUAUUAUCUUUGUUAAUCAAUAUCAAUAAUAAACUACCCGCUGAAGAAAAAAUGACUGAUGAUGAACUAAAAUAUCAGGACACGAAACAACAAGCAUAUCAACUUGCUGGGCUUUGUAUUCACUUGCACAACAUCCACAUGAACAAGACGUUGCGUGAAGAGUUGGUUAAAGCCUUUCCUGAUAAAUCAAAAUUCAAUCCUACAUAUGAUGAGAUUAAUUCUUUGGAAUAUUUAAAUUGUAUAGUUAAAGAAUCUUUAAGAUUAAAUGCUCCAGCAUCAAAUAUUAGACGAAUUAACCUUAAAGAUGAAGUUUUGGGGAAUUAUUUCAUUCCAAAGAAUACCGAAAUAUCAUUGUCAAUUUCAACAAUUCAUAAAUUACCUGAAAUUUGGGGUCCAACAGCCGAUGAUUUUGAUCCAAAAAGAUGGUUGGAUCCUUCAUUAGUGAAUAAUAUAUCAAACUUAAAUUAUUUACCUUUCUAUAAUGGUCCAAGAAAUUGUAUAGGUAGUAAAGUAGCUUUAACUGAAUUUAAAAUAUUGUUAGGAAUAUUGAUUAGAAAUUUUGUUUUUAAACCAAUUGAAGGAUUUCAUAUUAGAAAAAGAGCUUUUCCUGCACCCAAACCUGAUCCAUACCUUGGAUUAGCUGUAUCCAUAGUUGAAUCUUAAAACAAAAUAUUGUUUUAAUUUAGAUAUUUUGCUUAGUAUAUAUAACAUAUCAUAUAUUAUUAAUAAAA